GUGAGAUAUACCAUACAUACAUAUACCUAUCCGCACCCAUGCCCACCAUCCACACUAGGGUAGUUCGCACGGAUCCUUCAUCCUGUGGCUCCCCACCCUCUAUCGAACGUGCGUGUGCGUGGUCAAGGUCUUUUAGAAAACAUCCUCCAUGUCUAGAUAUAGAAUCACCUCCUAUAGAACUAGCCAUAAGGGAGGGGAGGGGGCGGGCGGUGACCACCGCCGUGUUCGCGCUUAGCUUCGCCCAUAAGCGAUGACGAGCAGCACGUCAGGAAAAGGUAAAGAAAAAUCUAACAGAUAAACGAUGGAGAGUGAGCGUCACGUCAAUCUUCAAUCCAAUAUGACUGACCAGACUCAAGAGCAAUGAUUUCCGCAAUCGAAGUGAAUGAACUUCAUCAGAUUAGGAACUACUCCGAGUCCUUCCCAAAUUCCAUGCGUCCUCACAUCCAACUAGUCAGGUGCCCACGCUAGUUCAUCCCAUAGAUCUCCAUGUUGCGGUGAUGCUAUCUCCGAACGCCUCCGCGGUCUCCUAAUUUAUAUCAUUACAGGGUGAACUGUGAUUAGCUAGCUUGGAUCAACAUAUGCGUCCAAUACCAUGCUGGUUGGCAGUGUUGCUGUGUACCCCGCGCAAAGCACAAUAUCGAACGGACAGUCGAUGGCUAACAGUAACACAGCACACCUCCCACGAGAUACGGUGAUCCCUGGUAUAGAAGCAGAGGCAAUUACAAUGACGUUAAAUAGAG